AAUGAUACUGUGAAAUUUUUAAUUUCUUUGCGCGUUUUGUAUAAAAGACAGUUCUAAUUCUUAGCUAAAUCAUUCUAAAUACUUCACUCAUCAGAGAACAGUAAGAUUCAGAAAAGAAAACAUGAGAGCUUUCAUUGUACUCUGCCUUGUGGCUGUUGCCUGCGCCGAUAAAUUGGGCUACAACUAUCAACCUGUAGGACAUUCCAGUUCUGGAUUAUCCUUCACUCCAGGUAGCUCCACUAGCGGCUUCGGCGGUUCCAGCAGCGGCUUUGGAGUUGGUGGUGCCACUGGUGGUUUCGGUGGUUCCAGCGGCGGUUUUGGCGUUGGCGGCUCAUCUGGCGGUCAUGGUGGUUCCAGUGGCGGUUUUAGCGUUGGCGGUUCAUCUGGCGGUCAUGGUGGUUCCAGCGGCGGUUUUGGCGUUGGCGGUUCAUCUGGUGGUUUCGGCGGUUCCAGCAGCGGUUUUGGAGUUGGUGGUUCCACUGGCGGUUUCGGUAGUUCUGGUUCUGUUGGUGGUUCCUAUGGUGGUUCUCAUGGUGGUGCUUCUUAUGCUCCCCAAGUUGAACUCGAAAAGGAAUUCUACACCUUUACUGCCAACGAAGAAGAUUUCACUGAACCCGCUGUUGAACAACAAGUCUCAAACACCGCUAAGAAAAACCUUCGUGUUAUUUUCAUCAAGGGCCCUGAAAACCAUGGCUUGGAAAAUGCUGCUGUUGCUUUGGCUAAACAUGCUGCCGAACAAAGAACUGCCAUCUAUGUCCUCCAAAAACAAGCUGAUCUCAGCAGUUUGUCCAACAAAUUGAACGUCAUCAACACCAAUGUCAACAACAAACCUGAAGUACACUUUGUCAAAUACCGUACCCAGGAAGAUGCUAUCAACGCCCAAAAGGCUAUCCAAGGCCAAUACGAUUCUUUGGGUGGUAGCUCCCAAAACUUCAAUGGUGGUGUAGCUCCUGUUUUGAACUUUGCUUCUAAGGCUCCCGUUGCCGCUCAUGGUUCUCACGGUUCCUUCGGAUCUUCCGGUUCUCUAGGCUCUUCUGGCGCAGUUGGUUCCUUUGGAUCAUCUGGUUCUCAUGGAUCAUCUGGCUCCCUUGGUUCAUUCGGUUCAUCCGGUUCUCUCGAAUCUUCUGGUUCCUUCGGAUCUUCCGGUUCUCUUGGAUCUUCUGGUUCCCUCGGAUCUUCUGGCUCUGUUGGUUCUUACGGUUCUUCUGGCUCCGUUGGUUCUUUCGGUUCUUCCGGCUCCGUUGGUUCAUCUGACUUAUCUGGAGUCUCAGGCCCCAGUGCUAGUUAUCUUCCCUCUUUCAUUGCCGGCCGUCAUCGCAAAUAAGUGAUUGAAGAUAGUAGACUGAAUAAGGUUUUUAUUGUUGUUUUAUAUUAAGCGAUUAUUAUGUAUUUACAAUUAAUACAUUUCAUUUUCUUUUUAUUAUCAAUUAUAAUCGCAAAAAGAGGCGAUAAUAAAAAGAGUAUUUAAUUAAACGAA